AUGGCCUCUGCAGGACCAGAACACGCUGAUCUGCACCCCAAACUGGAGAAAAACAUCAGGCUCAAGUCAGACGCCCUUCUGGCAGGGAGACCUCCGCCACACCAGGCCUGGCACUUCACUCAACAGCAGGCGAAACCCAUCUGGAAUUUAGAGAAGAAGUAUAUGAGUGCUUUCCAGAGCCACAGCUUGCUGCCCUCAGGGAUCCCCCUGCAGCAAUCCUGCUUCUUGUGUGCACCGUCACUAUGCCAUGCACACCCUGGUGAAGAUGUCCUCCCGAGCCUGCCUUUGGACCAGCCCUGCCCAGACCUGCGUGGGAGCACUCUUCUCGACCAGCACUCCUGCCUCAGGCCAAAGUCCUGUGGGUUUCUUUUCCCAAGCCCUCAGGAUGCUAGCUCUUCCCCGGGAAGUGUGAUGUCUUCCCCACUGAUGGAGCCCAGGUGCCUGCCUGAGGUGGCAGAGGAGCACUUUGGGACCAGGGUUGAAGGCUCUGCCCUCAGCUCGGAUGAGCAGGCUUCCAGCUCCAAUAGACCAGUGCUCAAUAACGACUCCUUCCUACUGCCAAGCAGUGCUAAAGUGCCUUUGCUUCAGUCACUGGAGAUCAAGAAGGUGAAAAACACCCAGGACUUCCCUGCUGCCUCAUGGCCCCACUCUGGGAAAGAUGGAGGCAGCUCCCACAUUGGCCUGGCCAAUGGAGCAAUGAAAAACAGUGACAUUGUGCUGGAGCAAACGGCAGCUGCAUCCUCGAGCCUCGUGCCCAGCAGUUCGAUCCUCAGGAAGGACCAGUCCUCACGGGAGGACUCUGAGAGGACAGGGCACAGCUUAAGAGAGGAGGAGCUGGAGGCCAGCCUCACAAAGGCUGUGCAGCAGCUAGACAGACAGACUGACACACACAAGAGCUUUAGACACAGAGUGAAAAGCUCUGCCCUUACAAACGUGGACCCGCUGUCCAACUGCAACAGCAGGUGGGGGCAGCACAUCAUAGCACAGCUCACCCAGCAGGAAACCAUUGCCCCUGUGAAACCUGAGCUAUGUAGCCAUCACCUUAAGGGUAACUCGAGCCUUGCAGGCACCAAUGGUGCCACCUUUGGCACUAAGUGUGUCAGUGCCCAUCUCUUGGCCUCACGUGCUGGCUCUGCUGACCACAGCACUGAUGGCCAGCUUGGGAGCACGCUGGGCCCAUGUGACAGGGACAGGGUGGCAAGAACAGAGCCUUCACAACUCGCUGCUGUCUCCGAAGUGGCAGCUCAGAUGUCCACCAUCCAACUAGAGAAAGAGGAAAAAUGGGCCUCACCUGUGCUCUUGGAAAAGCUUGAUGUCACUGCUGAGCAGCUGCUGCUGGAGCUGAGCCAUCCCCAGGAUGAAGUGGAUGAAGUGGAGGAAGAACUUCCUGAUGGCCUGGAUGACAGCUGCAGUCAGGAGGAGGAUGAUGAGGACAGUGACUUGGAAGGUUCCCCUGUCUCUGGCAUGUCAUCCAGUGGCUCUGUGGCUCUUGUAUCCAGGAACUACAUUGAGUGCCUGGCCCAGCCUGCUGAGGCUCAGGAAAAAGAGCUCAAACCAGCUCUUGUCUGCAGUUUAUUCCCUAAUGUGCCUCCAACCAUCUACUUCAGUACUCGGGAUGAAACAGUGGAAAAGCUGCCCUGGGAGCAGAGGAAGCUACUGCGAUGGAAAAUGUGCACAAUCACGCCAAACAUAGUGAAGCAAACUGUUAGCAGGUCCCACUUCAGAGUCAGCAAAAAAAGCAAUGACUGGCUGGGCUGCUGGGGCCACCAUAUGAAAUCCUCCGGCUUCAAAGCCAUCAAGGAGCACCAGAAGCUAAACCACUUCCCUGGUUCAUUUGAAAUUGGAAGAAAAGACCGUCUGUGGCACAACCUGUUGAAGAUGCGGGCUCGCUGUGGGAAGAAGGAGUUCAACUUCUUUCCCCAGUCCUUCAUCCUGCCCCAGGACAUAAAAUUACUUAGGAAAGCAUGGGAGGAAGGAGCUGGCAGCCAGAAAUGGAUAGUGAAACCACCAGCAUCAGCAAGAGGCAUUGGUAUCCAGGUCAUUCACAAAUGGAGCCAGCUCCCCAAAAGGAGACCACUGCUGGUACAGAGGUAUCUGAACAAACCCUACCUCAUUGGCGGGAAGAAGUUUGACCUGAGGAUCUACGUUUACGUCACUUGCUACGAUCCCCUCAGGGUCUACCUGUUCAAGGAUGGAUUGGUUCGCUUCGCCAGCUGCAAGUACUCCUCCUCAAUGAAGACCCUCAACAACAAGUUCAUGCACUUGACCAACUACAGUGUGAACAAGAAGAACGCAGACUACAAGCCCAACUCGGAUGAGACUGCUUGCCAGGGACACAAAUGGACACUGAAAGCUCUCUGGAGUUACCUGACCCAGAAGGGAGUUAAUAGCAAGGCCAUUUGGGAGAAGAUUAAGGACAUCGUUAUCAAAACCAUCAUUGCCUCGGAGCCCUACGUGAACACCCUGGUGAAGAUGUAUGUGCGGCGGCCGUAUUGUUGCCAUGAGCUGUUUGGGUUUGAUAUCAUGCUGGAUGAAAACCUCAAGCCCUGGAUCUUAGAGGUCAACAUUUCCCCAAGCCUCCACUCCAACUCCCCGCUGGACGUGAGCAUCAAGGGUCAGAUGAUCCGGGACCUCCUCAACCUUGCUGGCUUUGUUCUGCCCAGUGCGGACAGCGUGGCCUCAAGGCCCCAGACAAGAAAUAGCUCUACCUGCAGUAUGGACAGUGCUUUGAAGAAGUCCAAGUCAACAUCUGAGCAUUUCAUAGCAGAGAAGAUGAAGAAAGCCUAUUAUUUGGCACAGAAGACACCUAACCAGGAUUUUUAUUCUUCUGUCUUGGACAUCCUGACCCCAGAUGAUGUUCGCAUCCUGGUGGAGACAGAGGACGAGUAUUCCAGGCGGGGGCAGUUUGAACGGGUGUUCCCCACCCACUUCUCCAUGCGGUAUCUGCAUUUCUUUGAGCAGCCUCGUUACUUCAACAUCCUGGUGACCCAGUGGGAGCUCAAAUACUACUUGAAUAAGCACAAAGGUCUGGAGCUACUGAAGAAAUGGUGUGUCAGAGGGUACCACACUGGGGCAGGGACGGAUUUGGCCCAGAUGUGGUCAUUGCCAAAAUCUUUCUUCCUCCAGAAGAGCAGUGUUCCAUUGAAUGGCUUCAGCAAACUGGAACUGGGCAGACUGGGCACACUCCUCCCUUCAGCUAGUGAAGACCUCAUGAGAUGCCUAGAGCCCAGCCCUACUCAGAGCUUACCUCUCAGCAACUGCACUGGAAGAGCCAAACAGAAAUCUGCUGGCAGCCUGUCAAUGUGA